GCGUACCCAAACUAUGGGAAUGAGCACAUUAUGUGGUGGGGAUGGCGUAGCCGCGUAACGACGAGCCCGAAUGGUUCAUUUUCAAUUUCAGUCCAUAGCGACCAGUCAAGGACCAGACCAGUAACCACUGCACCAGAGCCAUAGCAUAGCUUCCAGCGGAAUAGACUCUGAUAUGAACUCAAGCUCCAAUCUCAAAAUGGAAGCAAUUUCUUAUUCAAUCCCCUCCACCAAAUUGCACUCCUCUCUUCAUAUUUACACGGGCGUUACACGAAUUCGAUCCUCUAACCUCCUUCUUCGCCCUCCCCCUAUUUCAAUUAAACCUCUAUAUUCCCCCAAUUUUCUCAUUCUCCAUCGCCACAGACUUCGCUGCGUCGCAGAAUCCUCCAAUAAUCACCACCACAAUCAUCAUCACGACCAUGACCACGGUCACAACCACCACCAUCACCAUCACCAUCACCACUCACACGGCAUCCACGGCGCUGAUCUCACCGGCCCUCAAAAAGCUGUCAUCGCGUUCGCGAAAGCCACCAGAUGGAUGGACCUGGCAGACAUCCUGAGGGAGCACCUGCAUCUAUGCUGCUUCUCCACCGCUCUAUUCGUAGCCGCCGCAAUUUGCCCUCACACCUUGCCUAAGCCACUUAUCAAGCCUCUUCAAAACUCUCUCAUCUUCGUCGCCUUUCCUCUGGUUGGGGUUUCUGCAUCACUUGACGCUCUCCUUGAAAUCAGCAGUGGAAAGGUGAACAUCCAUGUGCUAAUGGCAAUGGCAGCCUUUGCGUCGAUAUUCAUGGGAAACUCUUUGGAAGGAGGCUUGCUUCUUGCCAUGUUUAACCUCGCGCAUAUCGCCGAAGAGUAUUUCACCAGCCGGUCGAUGGUUGAUGUUAGGGAAUUGAAGGAAAAUAAUCCAGAUUUCGCCCUUGUUCUGGAUACCAAUGAUGAUAAACUCCCCAAUACGUUUGACUUGGCGUACAAGAGGGUUCCCGUGCAUGAUGUAACUGUAGGAUCAUAUAUUCUGGUUGGCGCUGGUGAGUCUGUGCCAGUAGAUUGUGAAGUAUUCCAAGGAAGUGCCACAAUUACCACCGAGCACUUGACAGGGGAAGUCAAACCUUUGGAAGCCAAAGUUGGAGAUAGAAUUCCUGGUGGUGCAAGGAACUUAGAUGGGAGGAUAAUCGUGGAGGUAACCAAAACUUGGAAGGAAUCAACUCUCAGCAGAAUUGUUCAGUUGACUGAAGAAGCACAGUCAAAUAAACCUAAACUUCAAAGGUGGCUUGAUGAAUUUGGUGAACGCUAUAGCAAAGUUGUUGUGGUGUUAUCAAUUGCUAUUGCUGUUAUUGGGCCAUUUUUAUUUAAGUGGCCAUUCAUUAGUACAUCUGCUUGCAGAGGUUCAAUUUACAGAGCCUUAGGGCUUAUGGUGGCAGCAUCCCCUUGUGCCUUGGCUGUGGCCCCAUUGGCAUAUGCUAUAGCAAUCAGCUCCUGUGCCAGAAAGGGGAUAUUACUCAAAGGUGGGCAUGUUCUGGAUGCUCUAGCUACUUGUCAUACUGUUGCCUUUGACAAAACAGGGACAUUGACAACUGGUGGACUCGUAUUCAAGGCAAUUGAGCCCAUUUAUGGUCAUCAUGUUAGAAACAAUAAAUCAAAUGUUCCUUCCUGUUGCAUUCCCACCUGUGAAAAAGAAGCUCUUGCUGUUGCUGCAGCUAUGGAAAAGGGUACUACUCACCCUAUUGGAAGGGCUGUGGUUGACCAUAGUGAAGGCAAAGACCUCCCAUCUAUUUCUGUUGAAAGUUUCGAAUACUUUCCUGGUAGAGGCCUUACUGCUACUGUUAACAGCAUUGAGUCAGGAACUGGAGGUGCUAAACUAUUGAAAGCAUCACUUGGAUCUAUAGAUUUCAUCACCUCUUUUUGUCAAUCUGAAGUCGAGUCAGAAAAGAUCAAGGAAGCUGUUAAUACAUCUUCUUAUGGAAGUGAAUAUGUUCAUGCUGCCCUUUCAGUUAAUCAGAAGGUAACAUUGAUUCAUCUAGAGGAUAGGCCUCGUCCUGGGGUUUCUAAUGUUAUUCAAGAAUUGCAAGAUGAAGCAAAGUUUCGUGUGAUGAUGUUAACUGGUGAUCAUGAGUCUAGUGCAAGGAGAGUUGCAAGUGCUGUGGGCAUCAAUGAGUUUCAUUGCAACCUGAAGCCUGAAGACAAGCUGAGUCAUGUAAAGGAUAUCUCAAGAGAUAUGGGGGGAGGCUUAAUUAUGGUUGGUGAAGGCAUCAAUGAUGCCCCAGCACUAGCUGCUGCAACUGUUGGGAUAGUUCUUGCUCACCGUGCUAGUGCAACUGCCAUAGCUGUUGCAGAUGUAUUGUUGCUUAGAGAAAACAUUUCUGCAGUGCCAUUUUGUAUUGCCAAGUCUCGUCAAACAACUUCACUGAUUAAACAAAAUGUGGCUUUAGCAUUGACGUCCAUUGUCAUGGCUUCCCUUCCAUCAGUUUUGGGAUUUCUGCCAUUGUGGUUAACGGUUCUUUUACAUGAAGGUGGAACCUUGCUUGUCUGUCUUAAUUCUGUACGUGCUCUGAAUGAACCAUCUUGGUCCUGGAAGCAUGAUAUAUCACAUUUGAUUAGCGAGAUUAAAUCUAGACUCCUCUCUCUCAAGACAAAUAUCACGGGCUCAAACAGUAUCAUGACGGCGAAUUUGUAACGUAGUGUUGUAGUGUAUUGCAUAUUUAUAGUGUAUUGAGAAAAAUGUCAAUAUCCCUUUUCUUGUAUAUCUGUAGGCUUCUUUUUCACUCCAGAGAAUUGAACAUUCCAUUCUAUUGGAGGUUAGUUUCCCUUUAAUCCUCGUUUUCCCAUUCAAAUGGAAUAAGAAAAAUGACAUUAAGGGAAGAAUAUGCAUAUGCAUUUCGGAUUUGGCAUUUACAAUAUAAUGAUAUAAUGUUUAUAUGACUUAAA